AUUUGACAAAUUUUCUGCUUAGCUUGAGGGAAAGCCUUUCCUUCACCCUAACUUUAAUGGGAACAUUCUUUCCUUCACUUUACCUCUAUUGAGAAGGAAAGUGUUUUUCACGCCCUGCAAACAGCGCUUAGCCAAAUCCUUCCCACUCUCUCUUACCUAAUCAUAACUCAACUUUCUCUAGCAGAAUCUUGAAGGAGUUGUCAAGAACAGAAGCAAACAAGAAAGAAAACCUCAAAGCCACAAACCAAAGCUUCUCUCUUUGGUAGGUGUGGCAGGAACAAGAAGAAGAAAUUUCAUAAGCAGCUUGGUAGAAACAUGGAUAACAUGCUUUGUGAUGAGCUGCUCCAAGAAAUUUUUUCAAGACUAGCCUCAAAAUCGUCACCAUCGCCACCAUCUUCACAAGCUUUAUCGGUUUCUUUGGUCUCCAAGCGGUGGCUCCGCCUGUACCGUGCUUCCAAAACAUCUAUAUCUCUUAGACUUACACCUGAAAAUUCCACAAUUCAAUCUUUGCCCUCUCUUCUUUCCCACUACCCUUUUCUUUCGUCUCUUUCUCUCGUCUUCUCCUCUGACCCCACCUUAACAACCACCAAUUCAAUCACCACAGCUUUCAAUGACCAUCUUCUCAUUAUAGUCUCCACUUUUUGCUCCAAGCUUAAGCAUCUCAGGUUCUUGGCUGGUCCUGUCUCUCUUUCUUCUCUCGUUUCUCUUUCUAAUACAUGUGCCCUUCUCACUUCUCUCACUAUUGUUCUGUCUAGGCCUCUCUUCUUCAGCUGGGUUACUUAUUUUUCUAAUUUAAAGGAGUUAUCUAUCUAUGUAUCAGAUAGUAAUGGAAUUGUGGAUGAAUUUUAUAGCAAUAGGGAAUCUGAUUUGUGUUUAAAUCAAGAAAUUGAUGCAGAGUUGGGUUUGGAGAGUCUUUAUUUAUCAGGGAUUAUAAGAGAUGAUUCUGGUUUCGGUUGGCUAUGGAGGAGCUGCAAAAAGCUGAAGAAAUUGCAGCUAAAGAGCUGCGAAGGUAUUGGUGAUGGAGGGUCUUUCUUAUCAUUUAUCAGGUGCUUGAAGGGUCUCCAAGAACUGGAGCUUAGGACUUGCAGGAGUAUAGUUGAUGGGGUUCUAUUAAGAUUGGCAGAGAAUUGUGAUUCUUUGAAUUCUCUAUUGGUUUAUGAUGGUGGCAGCAGAGAAGGUUUGCUUCAUUUUAUUAACAAUUGCAGUUGUAAUCUGCAAAAACUUGACCUUCGAUUACCUUUAGACCUAAACAAUGAUCAUCUCUCAGCAAUUGCAGUGAAUUUCAGGGGUCUCUCAACUGUCAGGCUUCAGAGUUGUUGUUUAGUUACUGGUGAAGGGCUAAAGGCUCUUGGAAUUGCCAUGAGUUCAGAGCUCAAAGAAUUGGCACUGAUAAAUUGUGAUGUGGUUGAAAGGGAAUCAGGAUUGCUUGCCACGCUAGGCCAGCACUUGAGGCAACUAAGGAAAUUAGACUUGUCUCAUAAUGAAUCUUUGCACGAUAAGGAGUUCAUUUCAAUGCUGGUUUCUUGCAAUAAUCUGACUGAAUUGAGAUUAAGAGGGUGCAAAAGACUUACUAGUGUAGCAAUUCUUUCAAUGUUUAAGAGUUGCAAGAGAUUGGAAAGUGUUGAUAUCUUGCAUUGUUGCGGGAUUGAGGCUGAGGCUAUUGAGUCAUUUGUUCUCAAUUCGCCGCGAUUGAGAAGAAUGCAGGUUGAAGAAAGCAAGGUUUCUGAUGUUGCAAGGACAUGGGCAUCACAUAAGUUCAUUGAGAUUCUUGCUUAGUUCAUGAAUUAAAGGGGGAAAAAAUAAGUUAACUUUGAGUAUAUAUUUAUAUAUCACAGAAUUCUUCUUUGUUUGCUGUAAAUGUUUCUGCUGUAGCAUAGAAAUUAAGAGCUGAAUAAUCAAGUUUGCAAAUAGAUGUUGAAUACUAAAUAAAAUGAUCAUUUAACAUUGAA